AAAAAUGCGACCGCAUUAAUGUCGAAGAAAAAAAGAUGCGGGAAGUUCUAGACACCCAGUUUUGCGCUGGAAUUGUCCUGUUUUGUCAACCGUAAUAUCUCACUGUUGUGGAAGGGCUAUAUAAACAAGGCAGAACCUAAAACAACGUCUUUUUGGGUCAUCAUUGCUACAAGAUGACUUACGCUUCAAAACAGGGCUCUGUUGUAACCGACUGGCACCUAUGCAAAGACGGGAAAGAAUACUUCAGCAAGAUACAACACAAGAAGAAUCGCAAAGUAUUCGGUCUAUUGGAGGCACCGGUGAUGCCUCCGCAUGUCCCCAUGAACACAGUCCACUAUAAAGUGUUCCUCUCGGGCAAAAGUGGGGUCGGUAAAACUUCUCUAGCUGCACGACUGGCCGGCCUGGAAAUACCCAGCAUGCACUACGAAACCACUGGCAUUGAGACUACUGUUAUUUACUGGCCAGUCAAGCUGAAAGAAAGCAGUAGAGUGCUCUUCUUUCGUUUCCAGCUGUGGGACUGCGGAGAAACUGCCUUACGACGGUUUGACCAUCUGCUGCCGUCUUGUAGGGAGAGGGUGGAUGCUGUUCUUUUCCUGUUCUCCUUCACUGACAGAACAUCUUUUGAUGAUCUUCCCAAUCAAAUUACAAAGUGGAACGAGUUGUCUGGGAGCCCCGUUGCAACUUUGGUGGUCGGAACAAAAUAUGACCUGUUCAUGCACUGUGACGUCUCUGACAGGGACAUGGAGGUCUUCCAGGAGACAUGGCAGUUACCAGUGUUGCGCACAGGUAGCGGGGAGGACAGCAACGGGCUGAAUGCUGUUGCACCACUCCUCGAUAGCCUGGCAGAGUGUCUGUGGCGUCAGGACUGCACUGCGGGCAGUGCCUCCUAGUUGAGGCAGACCUCAAGGCAUAGCAAAGUACAGCUAUUUAACAGGAAUGCCCCCCCACUGGUUCUAAAAUAGGAUUUUCUUCCAACAAAACCACAGAAAGCAAUGCCUUUGAGAUAUUUUUGAUACUAGCGAGUCGCGACUUUCAAUAUAAGCACUGCCACUUUUCAUAUUUUAUUAGUAUUUUUUAAAACCGACUGAAGGGCUGCUAAGUUGCCACUCAAGUCAUUCUUGAACCGAUCACCUUGAAACAUUGUAGCUAGGUGUGUAGAAUUGGCAAGUAUAGGGUGAUUCAAAAAGAAUGUCCCAAAAUCACGAGAUGAAAAAAAAAAAAAUUACAAAAUUCAGGCUUGGACACACAUGUUGAACAUAACUUGAAUAUCUAUUUCAUGUUUUACUAGUACAGUUCUCAAAUGUGGCUGUCACUAGCAGCAUGGACAACAAGCUUAUUUUAGGGAUGUGCGCAACUAGUCAUUUAACAGUCCACUCAUGAUUAAACAUUUCAUUAUUUUACUAGUCUGUUAAACACCGCAUCAUGAAUCUUGAGCCCCUUUCAGACAUAUAAUGAACGGUUAAGUCCUGGGAUUUAAAAGGGUAGCCCUUGUGUUUGAAAGCAAAUUUCCCGGGUCGACUGACACUGACAUUAACUGGGUCGUGUCGUAGUAUAAUUUCCGGGACUUCAAGGGGACGCGGCAUGCAUGAAAGCAUCCUGUUAAUUCCUUGGUCACAAUGAGAAGGUUGAUGACUCAUAUCACGGUGGGCCAAUUGUCAUUUCCUCUUUCUUCGCAGUAAGACUAAAUUGCAAUGUUUCUUUCCCGCUUUAUCAACAUGGCAAACUGAUAGGUAAAAAGCUAGCGACAUUAAUUUGCUAGUCAAUCUUUGAGCAGAGGAAGAGACAGCCCAUCGUCCAUCUUUAGAAAUGUGUGGUUUUAGUUGUUGAUGCCAACAUAUGUAUUAAAUUGCAAAUUUUCUUGCUUAGAGAAUGGUCUCUAAUAAAAUCAGACUAUUUGGAAGUGAUACUGGUCAAAAUUCAUAUCACUAGCUUAUUCGAGAAUUCGACGCAAAUCAACAUAGUGGACUGCAGCAUGCUAAGGCAUGUUAGUGAGGAAUUCCAUCAUGUAAAACAUGUUAAAACACAUGUGUCCAAGCCUCAAUUUUGUAGUGUUUUUAACAUAUCGCGUGAUAGGACUUUUUUUUUUAAUUAAAUCGCCCUUUAUAUUCAUCCUCGUUGCCCAAUAUUUUUAUUUUUUAUAUCUGGGCAGAUUAAUUACAAUUGCAGACUUAAUGUUGCGGUUGCUUGUAGGUUAGGAGUUGGCCAGUAGAGUGCAGCUUUCGAGCACACUAGUGCCCUCUUGUUUUUUUCUGCUUGGUGUCGAUAGCGCAGAUUUUAACGUGGCAGUAAAUACACCUUUUAGGAUAAAAUUGCACCAUUUUGCCAUUUGCAUUUUUUAUUAAAAAUGUAAUUUGACGAAAACUUGCAUGGUCUUUAUUAAACAGGCGGAACCCCUGCCCACCCAUUAAAAUGUGAAAUUAAACCACCUAAUAUACUGUAUAUUUUACGUGCCUAUUCCUGAGAAUUUGUUUUUGAGCAAGCAGUUUUCUUCCACCAUGACAUAACAAUGAGCCAAGUGCGUUUUCUUCCACCAUGACAUAAUGAGCCAAGUGCAUCAGGACCACCCAGUCUGCUCGGUGACUUUCGUAGAGUUCAAAUUAAAAGUAUUGAGGUAUUGCCAUUUUUAUUCAUCACCAAUCUGAACCAUUCACAUUAAAAGCAUUAAUUUAAAACAAUUGCCAUCUUUCUCCUAAAUUAAAGUGAACUUUUACUUGAUCAAAUCACCUAUGUGUGUGUAGAAAAAGGUGAGAUUUAAAAUUGAACUUUAGUUGUGAUUGUUAUUAGUGUUAAAUUGCCACCAAAGUGCGCGUGAACAAUUUUUGAAAUACAUUUAAAAAAAAAAAAAAAAAAAAAAAAAAAAUUUAAAAAAGUUUCAGUCACCACACUUGAGUACCCUCAUCCACUGCUCCUUGUCUGACCUGUGGCCAAAAGUGAAGUUAAAAGACAGCCCCAAACAAACAUGGCAUUACAGUAACCCACCGAUUAUUACUUAACACCCCCACCCCCAUGUUCUUUCUGAAAAACCUAAUAUUGCCAGGUCCUGAUCCAAGUAGUUUAGUACAGAACAAGGACGUAGGUUUGGUCUCAAUAUUGGAAGGGACGAUAUAACAGCAUAACCUGCAUGUACACUUUUUGCUGGGGACGGGACAUUAAUGUGACAAAAUAGAUUGGGUGAACGGGCGUCAGGGCUACAUUUCUUACCAAUAUCAACCUAAUUAAUAGGCUAAAUGAUUAAUGCAAGAAGUCUAUUGACUUAUGCCAACUUUCACAUUGCAAUUUUUUUAAACAACUUAAUCUGAUCAUUUUCCUGAAAUCUAGUCUAAUUUUCUCCAUCUUGUUUUGAGUGUUGAAGACUAGUUAACGAAUUAAUGCAUCAGAUUCUUCCAUUUACUUUAAUAUUUGUUCUUGUUAAGCCCAUACAUCUAAAAGUUGGUGAUUUCUCCCCUAAUUCAAGAAAAAUGCUUUCAAAUAAGGUUUUGAACAAUAUCCAUUUUUGAAUUAAGAACAUUUCUGACAAAUAUUUUUAAAGAUUAAAUAUGCACUUUUUGCUUAAAAUAAGUGUUAAGCUUAGUUUCAGCUAGCUACUUAUUUCAAGAAAUCAGUUAAAUUUACUUGAAGCACUGUCUGAUAGUCUCACUGAUUAGUAGAUUUACACUGGAAACAAGGGAAUUAGUUUUUCCCCCUGCCAGUUUUAAGUAGGUGGAUUUUUCUAAAUUACCUGUAUAACUGAAGUCAUUAUAUAAUGCAAAUAAAGUGCUUAAAAAGUUGGUGGGGACAGUUUGAGCAUCCUGAAAAGUUGGUGGUGUUAUGUCACUACUGUCCCUAUGCAAACCUACGCCCUUGGUACAGAAACGUGAUCACUUGCCACGUUUACAUGAGCCAAACAUUCCAAUUACAAUCGGAAUAUUUGUUCAAACCGAAUAAAUGUGUUCCAUAUAAACACCUCAUUCGGAAUGAACAGGCCCAAACCGAAUGGAAUUUCAUUCCGAUUCACAGGGGUGGAAUAUUCCUUUUCCCAAACCGAUUAGAAGUAAAAUUAUAUCAUGUAAACAGGGAAGCUGAAUGGUGUCUGGUUGAGUUCUUUCUGCGCAUGCUCCGUACUGACGUGGUGACGUGACUUUGUGACGUAAGUAACGUCACUUGCAACAUGGCUUCCAAGCACACGCACAGCGCACCCACACAACUUUUUAAAUGAACGGCGUGUCAUUCUGAAGUUUUGUUUCCACUCGAAAAGUUAAAACAGCAGCUGAUCUGACGAUCGAUCUCCAUGUUUUGCAACGUGACGCUUUGUUUUGAUUAAUCUGCGCAUGUCAGACGGCAGUUGUCAAACGUCCUUUCGGAAUAUAGGCAGACACAUGUAAACGCUGGAUCGGAAUAGAUGAAGUGACAUGUAAACAGCUGAUGUGAAAUUUCCAUUCGGAAUGAUUUGAAUCGGUAUGAAUAAAAGUCAGCAUGUAAACGUGGCUAAUGAC